GUGGAAUUGUCCGUUUAUUUUAAGGCAGGACUGCUGAGCAGACAUUGUAAUGCUGUAAAUAAACCACGUGUCUCUGACCCGUGGCGAAGGAGUUCUGCCGUUGGGGAGAAGGGGGACAGGGCUUCCCAGCGGCGAGAUGUCCCAGAAGAGGCGCAGUGAAAGGCCUGGCCCUUCCCAGGCAGAUCCCAUGGAAGUGGAUGAAGACGGCACCCUGACCCCAACUUCCACUCAGCUGCAACGCAAUGUAGAGCGGCGCCCCAAGAGUCAGAUGGAAGCCAAAGUGAAUGAGCUUGUGCCGUUUCUGCUUGUCAAAGACCAAAAGAAAAUCCCUAUCAAACGGGCAGAUAUUCUGAAACAUGUCAUCAAAGACUACAGAGAUGUCUCCCCUGAGCUCCUGAAACACGCCAACCAGACCCUUCAGCAGGUAUUUGGGAUGGAGCUGGUAGAAAUUGACCCCAAGUCUCGUAGCUACAUCCUUGUCAGCAAACUACCUCCACUGGAAAGAGACAGCAGUAAUCAGGAUGAGAACACUCCAAAGAUCGGCCUCCUCCUCAUCAUUCUCAGCGUGAUCUUCAUGAAGGCCGGCGUGGCCAAAGAGCCUGCCGUUUGGGAGGUGCUGAGGAGGCUGCGAGUUGACCCCGGAGAAAAGCACAAGGUCUUCGGUGACGUGAAGAAACUGAUUACGGAGGAAUUUGUUCGGCAGAAGUAUCUGGAAUACAAUCGUCUACCGCACACAGAUCCACCUGAGUUUGAAUUCAGAUGGGGGCCACGGGCAGCUAAAGAGACUUCCAAGAAGCAGAUCCUGCAGUUUGUUGCCAAGAUACAAAACAAGGACCCCACGUUUUGGAUGAGCCAAUACAAUGAAGCUGAAGCAGAAGCUGGUGCAGCAGGAAGCCACUAACUCUUCCGGUGCUGGAUUUGAGACUGAGCUGUCCAGAUUCCAAAGGGACAGCCAACAUUCAGUCAUCUGCCGUUUUCCUUAAGUGAUGCUGGGGGGACCCCCCCCCUUGUCUUUCACUGUACAGGAGAUGGGCUUCCUAUACAAUAGUCCAUGUGUCUUGUCUGAUUUCCUCUAACAGAGGAAAACUUCCACAGCAGACUGGGAUCAUUUAUCUAUCACUGAAACAUACUUUCUUGGUAAGGCUGUAUGCCCUCAGCCACAAAGUUAAUUGCACUUUGUCCUUGCUGGUUUGUUUGUAGAUAAGAGGAAUGUGGACCAAGGGAAGAGAUGCUAUUCAAACAUGGAACUGUUCUGUAUUUACCUCCCUUGUAGUAAGGAAAAUGCCUCUCCACUGAAGCAAUAAAAAUUUAAGACUUUGAAAA